AUCCUAUUAAUCGUAUAAUCGCUCCGAAACCAUCCAUCAUCACCGUAUUUUGGAAAAAAUAGGGUUUUUGUGGGCAUCUCACCUGCGACUUCAGUUACUCUAGAAGCCUCUUUCCUUCUUCCCCUGAUACCUGUUUGUUGAAGCUAUAUAUACAUUUCGGAACAGCUACUCUAAUUAUACACUUCAACAAUGGCGACUGUUAUGCAGAAAAUCAAAGAUAUCGAAGAUGAGAUGGCCAAGACCCAAAAGAAUAAAGCAACUGCACAUCACUUGGGAUUGUUGAAGGCUAAGCUUGCAAAAUUGCGAAGGGAGCUUCUCACCCCUACAACAAAGGGAGGUGGUGGUGCUGGAGAAGGUUUUGAUGUUACAAAAAGUGGAGAUGCAAGGGUUGGUCUUGUGGGUUUCCCUUCUGUUGGGAAAUCAACGCUAUUAAACAAGUUAACUGGCACUUUUUCAGAGGUUGCUUCAUACGAGUUUACCACUCUCACCUGCAUUCCAGGUGUUAUCACUUAUCGAGGAGCUAAAAUUCAGUUGUUGGAUCUUCCUGGUAUCAUUGAGGGUGCUAAGGAUGGAAAGGGUAGAGGAAGGCAGGUUAUCAGCACUGCUAGGACAUGCAACUGUAUACUGAUUGUGCUGGAUGCCAUAAAGCCAAUAACCCACAAACGUCUGAUAGAAAAAGAGCUCGAAGGGUUUGGCAUAAGGUUAAAUAAGGAGCCCCCAAAUCUGACCUUCAGGAAAAAAGAAAAGGGUGGGAUUAAUUUUACGUCAACGGUUGCUAAUACACAUCUGGACCUCGAAACAGUGAAGGCAAUAUGUAGUGAAUACAGAAUACAUAAUGCUGAUGUGACUCUUAGAUUUGAUGCAACUGCUGAUGAUCUCAUAGAUGUUAUCGAAGGGAGUAGGAUAUAUACGCCUUGCAUCUAUGUUGUCAACAAAAUAGAUCAAAUAACACUUGAAGAGCUUGAGAUAUUGGAUAAACUUCCUCACUACUGUCCCGUCAGUGCUCACUUGGAAUGGAAUCUUGAUGGUCUGCUCGAGAUGAUAUGGGAAUAUCUCAGUUUGACUCGCAUUUACACCAAACCCAAAGGGAUGAAUCCAGACUAUGAGGACCCUGUAAUUCUUUCAUCCAAAAGAAAAACUGUCGAGGAUUUCUGCAAUCGGAUUCACAAGGACAUGCUUAAGCAAUUUAAAUAUGCACUGGUGUGGGGGUCUAGUGCAAAACACAAGCCACAAAGGGUUGGCAAGGAACAUGAGCUUGAAGAUGAGGAUGUUGUGCAGAUCAUAAAGAAAGUGUGAAAGUCAAACGCGACAAAUCUCCUGCUCCAUUUUUGUGAUUGUAUCAUCUUGAAAGCAGGUAUGAUAGCAUACUCGUUAGCGAUGCUGGCACUGCUACCCUUUUGAGUUGCGUAAGUAGCGUGUUAGGUUUAUCGAAUGCUAUGAAUUAUCUCCUUAGCUUUCGUAACGGAUAUUAAUGUGUUGUCUACACUUUAGGACGAAAAGGGCAUAAUUUAGGCAUGCUAGUAUUUCGAUUUACAACUUUUCUUGGCUUUUUUGUACUCUGGGAACUAAAAGUUUCAAGUGAUGUUUGUGGUACAGUGUUGAAUACGUAAGUGAUUGUAUGUCGCAAUGUGUCGAUAUGAUCUAUUUGCACGUUAUUGUU